AUGUUUGAGGCGCAUGCACAUGGACUUUUGGUGUUUUUGCUGUCAUCUCUGGUGCUGGGCAAAGUCAGCAGUGCACCACAUAAUGAUCUACUGAGAGGAGAGCUCAUCCAAGACCAUGAUCUGGCGCAGCUGAUUUUGGUCCAGCUUCUGUCAGAUUUGAUGGCGGUGAAUAAUGUGGAAGUGGAGCCCAGGCUGGAGGAGCAGUUGGGAAUCCGAGAAACUGUGAUGAGGAGACAGCUCCCUUUGACACAGAGAGAGCGCAAAGCUGGCUGUCGCAAUUUUUUCUGGAAAACUUUCACCUCGUGUUAG